AUGCACUCGGCCAACGAGGAAUGUGAAUACCCCGAUGACACUGCGCUUUACUUCAACACUCCAAGCACACGCACAAGUAAAGACUGGUCUGAGCCCCCCACUACCCCCUCUCUCCGUUUUACCAGCUCGUGUCUUGCUCAGAUCUCUGCUGGUCUCUACGAUAUCGUCGAAGAGAUUCCUCCUCAUUCCGGCGCUUUCGUUGAUGUCCUUCCUCUCCAAACCUAA